AACAAAGAACCCCGACGUUAUGAAAUGAUGGUAUAAACCACAAUACCUAAGAACAUGAUCAUCACAACAGCAAGCUGUUUUUGCAUGAUGAUAAACAAUCUGCAUGGGUAGUAAUGCAAUAACAUAACUGCCCCACCCCCAAACUCCGAUGGCCGGUGCUUAUGCUAUGCGGCAUCACAACGGCCAUUAUCGCGUCACUCAGUAUUCGGGAAUACUGAGUGUGAAAAUUACAGUCAUCCAAAUAAUUUUUGAGUUGCAAAACAUUGUGAACCAGAAUUUUAGGAUGGUGCAGAUUGUUGUCAUCGGGUAACUUUUACAUGAUCUGGAAACAGUGCUUCAAGACUAAUCUGCGUCACAGAGCCGGAGUCAUCGGUCUCAGCGUUGCGCUGAGGCUGCAAGAGGACGGCCAACAGGUUACAAUCGUUGCUCGUGAUCUCCCAGGCCCCUUCGAGACCAUUGAUCCCCGGCUACAGAUUAAUUAUACCUCACCAUGGGGAGGUGCGCACAAUCGUUGGGUGCCGCCAACAAAUCUAGUGGAACAACGUGAACACCAAAUGGCGCUGCAUACAUUCGAGAAGAUGUUGAAGCUUCAAGGAAAUAAUUCGGAAGCUGGUAUCACCUUGAUGCCCGGCAUCGAGUAUCUUGAGGCCCCUAGUCAGGCAUAUCAGGCACUCACGGAAGCUAAGGCAAGCACCAUGGGAUUGGCUGGGUUUCGUUUGCUCAAACCAGAAGAGUUUCCCGAUUCCAGAGUAAAAUUGGGAUUCACAUAUGAUACUUGGUGUGUAAAUCCCAUGGUAUAUUGUAGCUUCCUUCUGCGAAGGUUUGGUUUUCGUGGAGGCAAGGUGCUGAAGCAAGAAAUCCGAGACCCCGCAGAGGUCUUCACCAUGAAGGAAGUCGCAAAAGUGGACUUUGUCGUGAACUGCUCCGGCGCUGGCUUCAACGACGGCAACAUGAUUGUUACAAGAGGACAAACAUGCUUGGUUGCUAACUCAUGCCCUGCGACGGUCACGCGCCAAAAUGCUGAUGGAUCCUGGACUUUUUCUGUACCUCGAAAUUUCGAGGGAGGCACAAUCAUUGGGGGCACGAAAGAACCUGACAAUUGGGACCCAGAACCAUCGUCACAGGUGAGGGAAACCCUCCUGAGGAAAUUCGCGGCGACGUAUCCUGCAAUCCUUGGAACGGAAGGCAAAAUGACGGUUAUUAAAGACAUUGUGGGAAGGCGUCCUACUCGGAAAGGUGGUCUACGAUUGGAGACAGAAAAAUUGCACAAUGGAAAGCGUGUCAUUCAUGCUUAUGGACUAGGGGGAAGAGGCUACGAACUCAGCUGGGGUGUCGCUGAGGGGGUUGCAGACUUACUUGCUAAGGAGCUGCACUCUACAUCAAACCCUCAGGAGGCUUUCGUCAAAGCAAAUCUCUGAGGCGCACCUUUUGGUUGCCAAUGAUUCGAUCUCGCGAUCUCUCCGUAUGGUAAAGAUAAAGUCAAAAAUCGUAUUACUAGCCGACUCCAUCCAUAUUAAAGACUUAUGCUCGCAUUAAGCUUAGGCUUGCAUGUCAUU